AUGGCAUCUUGCCCGGCAGGGCACGCUCCCCACCGGCCAAGCCAUUUUGGACCAUCCACUCGGAUGAUCCUGCUGGGGGAGAGCUUGACAUGUUCAAAAACCGCCCGGGUCAUCAGUGAUUCACAUGCCCAUUACACGGGCCGCCCACUACCGGUCCAAGCGGGAUUCGCUGGUCGUCACCGAGGCUUGACUAUGGGAGAGCGGACCGGCGGCCAUUCGGCGAGCAACGCGAGCAUCCUCGCUCCUCGUGCCCCUGAGGGCAACCCAUGGGCACCUGUUGUUUGUACUGGGCUACUCCUAGAAGGCGACAGGGAUGAGUCUAUUGUAGUAUCUACCGAUAUAGCAUUGGCGGUGCCGGACAAGAAAGAGAUCACGAAGGGUCUGGCCAGGCGUUCAUAUUGGACGACAAAUUGUGAAUCGCCACAGCCAGUUUGA